AUGGCGGUAUUCGAUGCGCUUCGUCACCUGUCAGACUACCUUCGAGAAUCUCAUCCAGUGAAUCACUUGGCGGAUUUGUACGAACUGGUCCAGUAUGCUGGAAACAUUGUUCCCCGUCUCUAUCUUAUGAUUACCGUGGGCACCGUAUACAUGUCCAUCCCGGAUGCUCCAGUCAAGGAAAUUAUGAAGGAUAUGAUGGAAAUGAGUCGAGGUGUACAACACCCAAUCCGCGGACUAUUCUUGAGAUAUUAUCUCUCUGGCCAAGCGCGGGAUUAUCUACCCAUGGGUUCUGGCGAUGGACCCCAAGGUAACCUCCAAGAUUCCACUAACUUUGUCCUGACCAAUUUCGUGGAAAUGAAUAAGCUAUGGGUACGAUUACAGCACCAAGGCCAUUCCCGGGAACGAGAGAAGCGAACGCAGGAGAGAAAAGAAUUAGAGCUUCUUGUUGGAAGUAAUUUGGUUCGUCUUAGCCAGCUGGUUGAUUUGGAGGCGUACAAAUCAGUUAUAUUACAACCUCUCCUGGAGCAGGUAGUUCAGUGCCGAGACGUGCUUGCGCAAGAGUACUUACUGGAAGUGAUAACAAAAGUAUUUCCGGAUGAAUAUCACUUGCACACGUUGGACUCAAUGUUGUCUGCUAUCGCAAGAUUAAAUCCGCAUGUUGAUAUGAAAAAAAUUGUCAUUGGUCUCAUGGAUAGGCUGUCAACUUAUGCUACUCGUGGUUCCGAAAAAAGUGAUGACCCAGAAGUAAGAAAGAAGGCCGAGGAAGAGGCAACAGUGCGGCUAUUGGAAAACCUCCAAUUGUCAAAGGAAAGAGGUGAAGCUCCUCCAGCCUCCGACGAACAGAAAACAGCAGAUAAAGAAAAAGGAAUUGUGCAACCGGAAAAUGGUAUUAACCAGCCCGGUGAAGGAGACGGCGGUAAAGACACGAAACCAGAAUCUGUGGAGGACCAACAAGAAAGCGAGGAGGCAACUUUCUUGCCUGGGAAUAUCAAGCUUUAUGAAAUCUUCUACGACCAAGUGCUCAAUCUGGUGAAGACUCGAGGAAUUCCCAUUCAAGAUACCAUUGCCCUUUUAGUUUCGUUGACAAACCUUGCCCUGAACAUAUAUCCAGACCGACUAGAAUAUGUUGAUCAAGUACUCCAGUAUGCCACGAAGACCGCGACCGAACACUCUGAUAGUGCAGACUUCCAUUCUGCGCCAGCGCAGUCAAGCAUAUUAAACCUUUUACUUGCUCCUCUCCAGUCAUACGUUUCUAUAUUCACCGCAUUAUCUCUUCCAAAUUAUAUUCCUUUCUUCGCCGCACAGUCGUAUUCAACCCGAAGAGCAGUUGCUGGUGAAGUCGCACGAAAUAUUUUGCGAAAUAGAACAUCAAUUACUUCACCUGAGAAUCUGGAUAAUGUCCUACAGAUUCUACGAGUUUUGAUCAGGGAAGGAAUGCAACAACCAGCUGGCUACCCUGGCGCUCAAUCUCAGCGACGUGGAGGUGAAACCGAGGAGACAAUCGAAGAGCAAGGCUGGCUGGCGCGAAUAGUUCAUUUAGUUCAAGGGCCAGAUAAUGAUACACAACUCAAGCUAUUACAAGCCUUGCGAACAGCUUAUCUGGAUGGAAAUGAGCGUAUAAGAUAUACCACACCAUCUAUAAUAACAUCAUCCAUCAAGCUGGCCCGCAAGUUCAAGGCCCGCGAGCACUUUGAUGAUAACUGGCAACCUCAGUCAUCUGCGCUCUUUAGGUUUAUGCAUCAAUGUGUCAGCAGUCUGUACCAGCGUGUGAACUCUGGUUGUGCUGAUCUUGCAUUGCGCCUCUUUGUACUUUGUGGACAAACAGCGGAUGAAACUGGUUUUGAAGAAGUCAGCUAUGAAUUCUUCGCACAGGCUUUUACUGUUUAUGAAGAUUCUAUCAGCGACUCGAGGGCGCAAUUCCAAGCUGUCUGUAUCAUCUCAAGUGCCUUGCACGGAUGCAGAAAUUUCGGAAGAGAGAACUAUGAUACCCUCAUCACCAAGGCUGCCCUUCACGGUAGUAAACUUCUCAAGAAACCAGAUCAAUGCCGUGCAGUUUACUUGGCAAGCCAUCUUUGGUGGGUCGUUGAAAGCCCACAGAAGGAGGGAGAUGAGCCUAAUAUUGUUUAUCGUGAUGGUAAACGUGUCCUGGAAUGCCUCCAGCGCGCUCUUCGUGUGGCAGAUGCUUGCAUGGAUACUGCUGUAUCAGUGGAGCUCUUCAUCGAGAUACUGAACCGCUAUGUUUACUAUUUCGACCAGCAAAACGAGACUGUGACAACGAAAUACCUCAAUGGCCUUAUCGAGCUCAUAUAUUCUAAUCUCCAGUCAAACCAGACCGAGGGAAUUCCAAGUUCCAGCCUGGAAAGUCCCAGACGCCAUUUUGAACGAACUUUGGAUUAUAUCAAAUCUAGGGAGUGGGAAGGAGUUGUGACAGAGCCACCCAGACAGUAA